UGAUAUCUUGAUAAGAAAGACCUAAUGCAAUUAACAACUCAGCUUUUGUUUCUUUUGUUUCAGGUUGAUGGAAAACUACACCUACAACAGCCUUACCCUCCAGCUGGAGGGAUUACAAGUCGCAGAAGUUUCCACGUACCCUGUCUUUUUCUUUUUCUUUUUCUCCUACCUAAUUAUUAUACUAGCCAAUGUAGGCAUUAUGGUCCUGGUUUUCAUGGACAAAAACCUUCACCAGCCUAUGUAUUUCCUUUUUUGCAACCUGCCAGUGAACGACAUUGUUGGAAAUUCCAUCAUGGUGCCCCGUAUGCUUGCAGAUAUCUUGAGGCCUCCCUCUGAGCGGCUCAUCAGUUAUUAUGAGUGUGUGGUCCAAGCUUUCACCACACACAUGUUCGCUACCACUUCCCACACUGUGCUCAUGAUUAUGGCCUUUGACAGAUAUGUGGCCAUCUGCUAUCCCCUGCGCUAUGCUGCCAUAAUGACCAACAAGAUGUUGAUCAAGCUGACAGUUUCUGCCUGGGGUGUGGCCUUUGUUCUGGUCGGGAUUCUUCUCGGUCUGACCAUACGGCUGAACCGAUGCAGGACUCUGAUCACUAACCCUUUCUGUGACAAUGCCUCACUGUUUAAACUGUCCUGUGAAGAUGUGUCUAUUAAUAACAUCUAUGGCCUCACUUUCACUGUGGUCCUGUUCACAGGUUCAAUAGGCAGCAUUGUUCUCACCUAUGCUAAGAUUACAGUAGUCUGUCUGACCAGUAAGAGCAAGUCUUUGAACAGUAAAGCCUUGAAGACCUGCAGCACUCACCUCUUUGUAUAUCUAAUUAUGUUAUUAUGUGGGAUGCUCAUCAUCGUCCUGCAUCGCUUUCCUCAGUACUCUGGCUACAGAAAAGUCUCUGCCAUUCUGUUUAAUAUCAUCCCUGCCAACCUCAACCCUAUUAUUUACGGGGUUCAGUCUAAAGAGAUACGGAAGUUCCUGUCAAAAUGGUUCCAGUCCAGAAGGGUUUUGCCAUCAUUUUGA